AUCGGGUAUAACUGACCCAUGAAACAACAUAAACCCCCUUCAAACCCUUUCGCUGUCGAUCUUCAGCCCCAAUCCGCCGUGGUUCCACUACUUUCCGCCACCAUCCCGCCGUUUUUCGAUGCACCCUCUAACUAAAGUGAUUCAAAGACCCCCAAAAUGUCUCCAGUUUAUCGCGACUCAGCUGCGGUAUGCGCGAACCGACUCCGGUUCCGGCUCGAUACCACCACGGGCCCGGCGGCGGUCCAAGUUCUCACCGUCUGCGAUGCUGAGAAAGACCGAGGACAAGUCCGAGUGGUGGGUGGUGGACGGCGAAAUGCACGAGAUAGGGGAUAACGUGCCGCCGCGUGAACGAUUUGUGAUCCCCAGAGAGAAUCUUCCCAACAAGCGCCGCAAGCAGCUCAGGGAGCAGUUCAUGCGCCGUACUCGUCUCGUCAUCAAGGAAUCUGAGCAUGAACCUUGGUGUAAGAGAUAUAUGGAGCUAUAUAAUGAGCUUAGGGAAAACUGGGAGAGGUUGUAUUGGGAUGAGGGGUAUUCCAAGAAACUUGCUCAAGAUCAUGCAAAUUAUGAAUCUGCUGAAGAUGAUGAUAAAGAUUUCAAUCCCUACAGGGCUAGACAACAGAGACCCGAUCAGAUUAAGGAUCAAAUUAUGGGGAGUAACAGGGGAAAUAAUACAUGGGACAGAGGUAACCAAAUACGUGACAAGUUUGAAUUUGACAGAGAGAGAAGAAUGAGAGAGAGAGCUUUUGCACCAAUGAAUGGAACGAAUGAUUUUGAGACGACUCGCCCAAUUCCGAAGAACGAGCCCUUUGAUAUCAGCAGAUACAUUUCUGAUUCUGAUGAUGACUGAGAAGGGCAGACAGAAAGGUUUUGUCUGCAAAAAUUUGAUAUGCUGAUGAACACUCGAGUUGUGAGGAUCAGUUUAUUUGUAUGGUGUUAAGUUUUGAUCAUGGGGUUGGUGAUAUAUGCUUCAAGGUUCAGUAUUUUGCAGAAUCAGUCUUGUCUACUAAUCUGGAUUAAAAUUAUUGGGAAAAUGUUAAUCUUAUGAAGAUAUGACGAAUAUUAAUCUACCUCUACAGGAAAAUGUAGAGGUGCUUUCCAAACAAUGUAAGAUGGAAAGAUAUAGAAUUUCUGUGAUAUAUAUGCAUGAAUGUUUUCCUUUCUUGAAAGCAAGCAUUUGGUAUUGGUUGAUGAACCUAGACUUGCAUCCUCGUUAUAUCUUUUACCUUUACAAUCUCUUUUGCAGUGUUGUAAGACAUUCUGAAGUUGCUAAAAAAUGACAGCCCAAUGUGUGAAGCUUCAGAUUUAAAGAUGAUUUUGGUACGUAUACAUUCAAGUAUCGUGCGAUCUCAUUUACAAUGCAUCAUCUUUUCUCAAAGAAACUUAAGGAAUACAUCGAAGAUGUUUUUUUUUUUUUUUUUUU